AUGGAGUUCCACAACUCGGGCGGCUUUCCAAAGAGGCGUUCUUACCCCAACCUCCACCACAUCUCCCUAGCUCCACUUACUCCUCGAUUCCCCAUCGACGACGACAUAGAACCAACAGACUAUUUCCACCAACAUGUAGAAGAUUCAGUAUCCGGAACGGGCGCCAUAACAACAACAAGAUCAUCAUCGUACCUAUCCAGCGUCUCAGUACCAAGCACACCACCAAUCCUCUCUCAUUCCCGCAGCUCAUCACGAACCCGCCACCACACCCGAAGCAAGAGCUCAACCCGCGCCACUCCAUUAAGCGAUACAAACCUACACAGCAAAAGCGUCUCUUUCCCACUCCACCACAACCUAGGACCCCAAAAGAAACGUCCCAGUGCUACAGACUACAAUAAUAAACCGACAACCAAAUCAGACGCAGAAUGGAUGCUCCGCGCUGGUAUAGCUAUCGCCUCCACAACCCGCGAAGAGAAAGGUCAAAGCUGGCUUUCAAAGCGCGAAAGCUCUACAAGCCUCGUCUCUGAGACGCCAUUUGAUGACGCCUUCCCACCCCAUCACCGACACCACAACCGCACUAAAUCCGGUGCAUCGUCGCGGAAGUCACGCUCUGGCGCUUCAACUCCGGCCGCAUAUUCGCGUCGUAGCUCACGGUCGCGUGGCACCAGUCGCCAUGGAAGUCGUGCCGGUCUUACUAUGACCACUAUCCCACCUUUAUCAUCUGCCUCUGUCCCGGGGAAGAUUCAUAGCCCUGCCACGACUGGAGCAGUGACGCCCGAGACUCGGGGCCGGAGUGGUGAAGCAGGACUGGUUCCUGAUUUUGUAGAUGAGAAGAUCCGGGCGGAGAUGGCGUCUUUGCAACAGGGGGGUCUUGAUCAUGAUCAGGACCAGGAUCGUCAUCUGAGUUCUUUCGAUGAUGAUCUAGGAGACGUUUGGGAUGAAGAGGAGGAGUUUAGUUCGGAAGAUGAAUUUUCUGAUGAGACGCAUGAGGAGUUUGAUGAAGCGGACUUGCAGCGUCUUACGCGAGAGCGUGGGUUCGGGCUUGGGGGCUGGAUUGAUCGCUUGGUUGAGUGGACUCUAUUCGGGGUAGAUGAGUUGCCCAUUGUGCCUGUUUCUUCUGCUAGAAUUGGUGGUGCUGCGACUACAACUACUGUCACAUUUGAGGACCCGGCUGCAUCUUCUCAGGACGACCUGGCUGAGAAUCAUGAUACUUUGUCAGUUGGUUCAGAAGGGGAUCGCAAUUCUACAUCUGACGAUGCCGAUGGUUUCUCGCAUACAGAUGGCGAGUCCAUUAUUGAUGUUGAGAAGCCUGGUCCCCACGGUGGCUGGGAGGAUGCAGGCUGGUUGUUCCGAGUCAUGAAGCGAGCAUUGGUAUGA